AACCCAACCCUACCAGCCCGUCAUCCGACACCUCGAAAUAUCCAGAAUCACUUCAUCCAACCCAACACCUCACCAGACACAAUUGAUCUCCUCUCCAUCGACCCGACACCCAUUCAUCACUCUUCGCUGCGCCAAUGCUAUCUUGAACGUCACCUGUCUUUGUCGCCACUGAUUUGACGUGUAUUCCCCUCCCUCUCUGAGUAGCGGCCGCGACACCUCCCACCCCUCGAAACACCCUCGGAUCUCGACACACCUACCACCACCAUCUCCACAUACCUCACUGUCUCCUUCUAGGCGAUCUGGUCCGUGCAGAAUCGGCACCAACUAACAUCCUUUUGGCGCACGCGAUAAGCCACCUACCUCGUCCUCCGCCGCCGCAGCUCACGCCCAUUACCAUGCGUUGAUAUCCCACACGAAUCACAUUGAUCAUUUCCUGCAACUGGUUGCAUUGGCUGGACCUCUGGUUUGAGACUAUGCUGGUAGUAUGCUGGACACGCUACUUCUUACAUGACUACUUCGAUGCUGGCCGUCGAAACCAUUGCCGCUGCAGGCUUUAGGGAUACCGACCUGUCUAGAAUCAUGGAACCAGACCUCCCCCAACUGGCUCUUCCGACACCUCGUCCCCUCCUUCGCCCUGACGAUGCCAUGCGAAUAGGCAGACCCUUUCGAAACGAAGAUGCAGAGACUCCUCGUGCCGUGAGUGAAAAUGGAAGGAUGAACAAUGCACCCCCCGACCCUGUCCAAACCAUGGACGACUCUCCUCCCCCAAGACCCGAUCAGAAAAACGCCGUCGCCACCCCUAUAAGAUCCGAAUCCUCCUUACUCUCCCUCGACGACACCACCGAACUCUUCCGAUCAAAAGUCGCUGAUGCGAGGCAAGAUACUGAGCAUGCUCUGGCCGCCAGCGGAGAGGCUGUCGACGAUGCGGUCAAGCCCAAGCUCACUCUCGACCUGGGUCAUUCCAGUAUCGCAAGGCUACCCGAAAGCGUGGUUGAUUUAAUCAAAGCAGAAGUGGAAAGGCUGUCUCUGUCUCACAAUCAAAUCUGGCAUAUCCCUCUCCGCUUCUCAGAAUGCACUCAUCUCAGAUAUCUCAAUAUUCGCGCCAACGUCUUUCGCGAAAUCCCUCGCGGUGUCUACAAAUUAAGUCAACUAGAGAUCCUCGAUAUCAGUCGAAACAAGAUCAGAAAGAUAGCGAGUGACAUCCGGAACCUCAGGUCACUUCGAGUCUUCUCCAUCGUCCAUAACCGAGUCGAAGAUCUCCCUACGGAACUAUGUGAAAUGACAAAGUUGCAGAUACUAAAGAUUGCCGAAAACCCAUUACGGUUCAAGUUGAAAAAGGUGGUCGAGGCUAAAGAAUCAGAGGUGUCAUUCUUCGAAAUGACAGAACAGGAGCGCGAAACUGCCAUCACCACCGAGAUCAAAAGGUUUCUGAGGGAUGCUCAGCCGAUCCCUCCCGCCAUCGAUGUCGAAGCCUCUCUCGAGGUUGACGAAAGCCCCAUGGAAACCCCCAAGCCCCUCAAGCGCGCCUUGAGCAGUCGAUUCCCCGUCAUUCCGAGCACCGGCAGCAACCUAGACUCGGGUUCAGAGGGAAACAAAUCCUCUCCCAUCCAACCUUACCCUCCCCCCCUCCCAACUCGAUCACACUACCGCAUGGCAUCGGGUCAGUCCGGCCAACAGAUCCUCGCAAUGCGACGGCCUGGUAUCGCCCCAUUGAUCAGUGCCAACAAUGAAAGAAAUCGAAGUAAUAGCGAAAGUGUGUUACAAGCAACCACCAACACACGUGCGAAAAGAAUGGGAAUGCUUCGCCGAGAAAAGCCGGAUCUUGACAGCAUCGACGAACUAAAGGUUAAUCGCAACAGUCAUCUCAGAGGCUUCAGUCACGGAUCGGUACUCAAGCGAAAUGGUGCAUUAUCAUCCCCUGGGGGCGCAAGCUCGUCCAGCCCUAGCAGUCCCAGAGACGCUAGAAGACAAAGGCUUGCCUUUGUGAAGAGACUAUCCAGUCUUCCUGAACAAAAGUUUGACAGUGAAUGGAACAACCCCAUCAUCGAGGGUGCCAGAGGAAUUCUAUACGCCUUGUACCAGAUCCAUCCUCACAUCUCUGGCUUAAUCGCAGCCAUUCGUCCAAAAGACGUUCAAAGGCGGAGCACACUGGAAUUCACCUUCUUCAACGCUUCCACCCAUGUUGAUCGACUCAACGAAGCUCUGGAGCAAGCAGAUUUGAUUGAUAUUGAGGAUGAGGACGCGGUUGAAAAGAUUGAGUCCACCGUCCGGAGAGAUUGUGCUACCUGCAUCAUGGCUUAUGCUCAUGUGACAAGUCAGCUUCAAGACAAUGUCAAGAAGAUUGUGGCUGGCACUGACGCUCGAUAUGUUCGAACUCUGAUGCUUCUGCUUUACGGUAGCAUUAUUGAAGUGCGAAACGCCAUUCAAAGCUUCGGUGCUGAGACCAAGGUUGUGCAAGGGUUUGGUCACAAGAAGCAACAAUCGAGUGGCAGUGCGAAACUCAUCCAUACCAUCCCUGAAGAAUUCUCGACUCCACUACAGCCUGUUCGUGCGGCAACACCGACUCGAGAGAGACAUCCGAUUGUGAGAGCAGGCCCAAGAUUGAGAAGCGAUACCACAAUUCAACAUCCUGCACAAGAAAAUCCUCCAGCGUUACAGCCAGCCUUCGUUCCACCCAUCAACACAAAUCCUCUCCCCACUCCGAUUCACCUGACUGGUACCACGUUGAGCGGAGGGUCCAGCACGUCUACUUCUGCUGCAUUCUACUCCAAUGGUAACACUUUGUCAUCGAAUUCGAGUCUUGGAUAUCGGUCAAGAUCAAGUUCCCGUACGGCCAUGAUGAAUGGAAGUCUGAAUCCUUCGUUGGCCAGCACCCCACGGUCAGGAGAAGGCUUUAAUCUUCCUCCACCAAAUGGAUAUGCCAAUCGACACAAUCCAGGUCAUGUCUUCAUCGAUACACACGAAGAAGCCGUCUUUGAACAGAUUUUCCUUGCUCUGACACGAGCAUAUGACGCGGCGCUGCAUACAAUCCCCAUCGCCAAAGGACAAUUUAUACGCUGUCUUGAAAUUGCAGAGGAGAAUCGCCAACCGAAGCAGGUUCAGGACCUUUGGUCAACACUGGUUUAUCGGAGUAAAUUAUGCAUCGAUGUCAGCGAAGCUCUUCAAAUCCGACUCGCCAACAUGCGAGUCAGAGAUCCCAACACCAAUACUAUCAUCAUGGGAAGUGGUAGGAACGAUCCCUCACUGUGGUUACUCUGCAAGAAUUUCUUGAUGAGCUUCAUCGACCUUUUGACCGAGAUGCGCGAGGCAAAAUCACUUCGGCUAUUGUCUCAAGAGCUCAUCACCAUGUUGAGACCGGUGCAAAAGGCCAGUCGAGAGGCUGGUCGUUUAAUUGAAGCCAGUCCAUGGCGAUAUCUGACGGAUAAUGCGACUGGCGGCAUGCCACCUCCAAAUUCAUUCGGCCCCGGCGGCAAUCAGCCCAACACAAACGGCGUCAACGGCAACUUCUAUGUCAACGGCAAUGGUGCAGCUUAUCAAAAUGCGGGCGACAACUCCAACAAUUCAUUCCCACCGCCCUUGGUACCUCCUCCUCCAAACACCGGCUCUUUUUCAUCCCUCACUCCCAACACAGCCCACAAAUACGGCAUGAACGGCAAUGGAGCCUAUCAAAACGGUAACGGCCCAUCCAUGAACGGGAAUUCAACGUAUGGCACAAGUCCAGUCUCGGUACCAUUGCCUGCCACACCUCUUUCUGCUGCUUUGGGUCCUGCUGCACAGGCAACCGUGCCCAUGUCGACGCCGGUACCCAGUACACCUGCAAGUGCAUAUGGCGACCAAUUCUUCAAGGGAGAUGUCUUUCAACGAGCCGAUAGUUUGUUGAAUAUGCAGCAUGCGGCAAAUGGGAUGAAUUUCUUUAGUCGAAGAUGAGGAUGAUCAGUGUUGAGGAAGAUGAAGUUAUGGAGUGGAAGCUGGCCAACCGCUCACCAGGACUCGCCAUGCCAUUCUGUCCACACUGGUCGACAACAACGACACUGGAAAUGAAAGACGACUCGCCACACCAUAUCACGUCACAACAGAAAGAAAGAGGAAGAUGAUUAUAUUAUACUGGAUUUGGACUGGACUGGAUCAGACCAGAGAGAACAGAGAGACCAAGCUGCAAACACACCAGACAAGUUCAACCGCAUUGGACUGUGCUGAACUGAAUAUCAGAAAUGACCCCGGGGGCUAUUCGUUGGAUUUGGAAGUCCCCCUGGGAGUCGUUUCAUUCACCCAGAGGUAAUGAACAAAGAAACAAACCAAAACACUAGUAACUAAGGUACUAGUACUAGUAGUAUUAUAUGUAUGAUGGUGCUAUGAUGGUAUGUGUAUGUGUAUGUGUAUGCUGAGGAAGCGAUGGUGAUGUCGAAUUCGAUUCGAUUCGAAAGCCGAGGUCGCAGUAUGUUUAGUUUAGAUACAGUCAGACAAGUCAAAGAGUCAAUGAUACCUA